UAAGUGCUCUGAUUGUGGUUCCAAGAUGAGGUAUAAAUGCUCUGCCUGGUACUCACUGACAUACAAACCAAAGCAUACCCUUCCGAAAGUGUAGUUGAAGUCCAGCAGUGACACUCACAAAAUGUUUCGUUUUAUUCUCGCCUCCCUUCUGCUGAUCGGUCUGAUCGACAGCAUCUACUCGUUCGACUACUGCACGGCGAACCUGUGCAGCAGCGGUAUCCCCAAUGUUGGCUGCAAUCCUCCACCGCUCAGUGGUGGUCCGCAAUGCUUCGGCCGGUCGCCGGUCGUGGUGCCGAUUACGGCGAGCCUCAGGUCGCUCAUCCUUGACCAGCACAACAGCCGUCGUUCGUUGAUUGCAACUGGCCGUCUGAGCCCGUUCUUCCCGGCCCGCCGGAUGCCGACGCUGGUGUGGGACGACGAGCUGGCCUCGCAGGCCGGCCACAAUGCCCGGUCCUGUGUUUUCCAGCACGAUCGGUGCCGCAACACGGUUGAUUUCCGCUGGGCUGGUCAGAACCUUGCGAUCAAGCAGUUCUUCGGCCAAACGAUUACGGUCGAGACGCUGAUCAACGAUUUCGUGCGCAUGUGGUGGGAUGAGCAUUUCGAUACAACUACCGGACACAUCGACUCCUACCCGAGCAACCAUGUGGGACCCGCCAUCGGACACUUUACGCAGAUCGCCAGCGAUCGCACCUGGGCGGUUGGAUGUGCGAUGCAGAACUGGCUGCAGGAUGGCAUGUGGAUCACGUACUACUUCGUGUGCAACUACUCGUUCACCAACAUCGUCAACCAGCCCGUUUAUGUGCGCGGUACCACGGCGGAGGGCUGCACGACGGGACAGGACUCGCGCUACCAGGGUCUGUGCUCGGUGAACGAGGUGGUACAGUCGGUACCGUAAGGUUGAAAACCAUUGAGUGGGAAUAAAAUUAUCAAUUGUAAA